AUGGAAAUAAUUUUAUCUAAUCAUGAUCACUCAACAGCUGGUAUUUUUAAAAUUCAAUCAAUAGCAGGACAAUUUCGUCGAUUUGAAAAUGAUUUUUCUUCCAUUGAAAAUAUUAAUACUCAUGCUAUACAAUCACAACAUUGUCGAUUACAAUUUCGUUUACGAAAUCAUAUACAAACACAUUUAUCAUUUGAUAAUAAUCAAACAAAUAUCGGAUUUACUAUGAAUAAAUUUGGUUUACAACGUUUAUGUUUUGAAUUAAUUAAUAAUACAACUAAACAACAACAACAACAACGAAUACAUAUUUUAUCAAUAAUGACAGGAAUUGAUAAAACACAAAUCAAAAAGAAAACAAUCAACUGA